AUGGCGACUACGAAUGUUCCUGAGGCUACGUCGGCUGCAGCCCUCGAUCUCAAUAAGCUCACCGUAGCUCAACUGAAAGCUUUAUGCAAAGAGAAGAAGAUCUCAGGCUAUUCUAAGCUAGGCAAAGGUGCUUUGAUCCAGAAACUGACAGCUAGUGGAUACAGCUCGAGCUCCGUCGAAGCGACCAAGACGGCCCGAGAAGGUGGAUCCAAUCCCGCUCGGUCCGAACAAGCAUAUAGCGCACGGAUCGGGACGGAACCUACAUGCGCUGGUUCUCGGGAGCCUGGGUUGUCUCAUACAAACGCCUCCACUGAUGCUAUGAUGCCAAAAAAACGCCGGGCUGAUGCUUCUUCUGCUCCAACUGUGAAGAAGAAGCAGAAAACAACGAGCUUGAUCCCGGGACCGAAACCCACGAACAGUGCAGGUCUGUCUUCCCCAGGAGCAUACUCCAGAUUCAAGGUACCCAUGUUACCCGAUGGUCGGCCAAAUGCACUCUCACUCCCUACUGUAUCUCCUGCCAUCUCUUCUGGAAGCAUUCGAUCUCCUGUUCUGGGUAGCUUUUGUUCUGCGAUCAACGCACCUAUUCCACCAGUGCGAUCGAUACCUGCGCAAUCUGUUCUGUCCACUGGAAAGCGAUUCAAGAAGCUUGUCGUAGCUAAGUGCGCGACUCUUGUUACUGAUUCUGUAUCCGAAGCUUCUCAGCUACGGCAUUCGCCAAAGCAGGCCAAAGGUCUCUUGGCGCUUCAUCACCUCGACUUUCCUUCUGCACCACCCGCUCCUCCCCUUGUUCCUAUCACCCUUCCUCCUUCGCUAUCUCAGCGGAAACGUGUGCAAAACUGGGCGAUUAUUCUCAGCGGAAUAUCGGGCAAAGAACGAAGACAGUGUGUUCUAGUGUCACGCAUGUUCCGCUACGCAGUAUACCUUUCUGCGUCUCAUCUGCUGGCGAAAAACUAUUGCGGUGAACGCUUACACAGAGAUGCCUUUGAGCGGUACUCACAGGCCAUGACCAAUAUGUGGCCAUAUCUGCAAGUACGACAACGAGAGGCCACCGAACGACAGGAAGUAUACAAGAACUCAUUCCUUGCAACACUUGCAAUGCGAAAUGACCUAUCGAACCCCAUAGCGGAUCGUCUUUGGGCGAGUCCAGACAACGAGCGUCAGCUCACUAUUGCAUUGCGGUUCGUUAUGUCGCGUUGGUGGUUCGCACUUUCCGUCGGGGAUGGCUCUGGGGAUCAGAAAACUGUGCCAUGGCUUCACAGCAAGGUGAUGGAUGCAAAAGAGGUACUGAAAAGCGAGAUCUGGAGCAUCACUGUCGCAUCAAAUACGCUUGAAGGGCAACAUCCUCUGAUAGAGAUGCUAUACGUACUCGAAGCCACUUGUGAGGUCGUCGGCCGGCCGACAGACAACGCUUCUCAGGACGCCGCUCGGCUCGGGGAACAAGCGAAAAACAGCAUGCCUGUCCGAGCGGAUUGGUCCUCUUACAUUCUGCAGCAACUCGUGUCACAACAUGACGGGACUUCCGGCAGACUACUCGAUUUACUAAAAUGGGCGAACCGCGAGGAGUAUGACCGCGGUAUAAGCCGACUCUGGCUGAGACGUGUCGGAAACGAAGGUGUGGUGGGCGAAGCCAAACGUGUCGUGGCGGAGCGCUAUGUCCUGGCAUGCGUUGUCGCGAAUAGCGUGAGCGGACAGUGGAUGUCUGCCACUGAGAUGGCACAGGAUUUCGCUGGGCUGCCAGCUCGGACAUCGUCUGGCACCACGAAGAAGGUGCCUUCCGUCAACUUAUACCUUCCAGAACACCACCAUGUGGAGAGCGUCCACUUCACGACCUCUGAUGGACGGCCACUCCACUCUGCGCUGGCGGUUAUACAAACUCCCCAUAGGGAGUAUUACAUCUUGUGCGACAACGGCAUGCAAGUUGGUUGCGAGGAAGAUGGUGUCGCACCUGUCUGGCGGCAAGUGCUGAAGUGUGACACCAAAGGCAUACAAUCUUGA